CUGAAAACCUCGCUGACCCUGGUGGCGCGCGCCCUGAGCGGCGAGGCCCUGGAGGUCCAGGAGGCCGAGCACGUCGGCGGCUAUGCCGGCGAGGUCAUUUACCUGCCCCGAACCAUCCACUUGGCACCCACCCCCAACGACAACGCCCGCGUUUACCUGUACCGCGUCGCCUAUUCCGUCACCUCGCGCCAGCUGGCCUUCACGCUGCCGCCGAGCCUGCCCGCGGAUUUCCGCAUCUUCCAUACGCUCGUGGCCGUGCCGCCAACCCGGCGGGCGCUUGAAUCGGCCCUGCCGGCUUCUCAAGCCCUGCGCCAGGAAUUCAGUUCCCUGCUGUUGCAGGACCGUUCGUCGCCCACGACGAUGGAUACGAUGACGGCACGCCUGGAAGUGUUGACGCAGUUGUUGCUGGGACGAGAAUCCGAUGUCUCGAAACCGUUUUCAGAGUUGCUUCGAUGCAUUGUCACGGCCGCCCGACCCUGGGACGAAAACGCGCUGCGCGACCUCUGGCAACAGUUCCGGCACGGCGUACGGCGCACGGCGCGGCGCGCCCACGUGCCGCCCCUCAUUUUGUGGGGCCAACUCAUGCCGUUCCAGGCCGAAUCCCGCCCAGUUGCGCCGGGAAGCCCGCAGCAACGCCACGCGUCGUCGUCCUUUCCGAGCGGCACCGAACUGCCCGGCAAGCCAAAGGAAGACGUGCGUCGCGUCGCGCUGGAUCAACAGGACAUCGACAACGACACCCUCAUCCACACGUUCGAGAAGAUCGAAACCGCUGAGGAGUUCAGCGGCGUGACACGGACGCCGGACGGCGCCGACGAGCUCGCCCACCACGCCGACGCCCUUGACGAGCUUGACAUGCACGAAGUGGUGAGAACCUCCACCCCCACGCACUCCGUUUACAAGGCCGACCGGAGCGUAACUUUACAAGUUUGGCCUCGAUGCCCAUGA